AAGCACUUCUCGGACGUCAAAGAGUCUUUUUUGCGGAUGAUUGGAGUGGAGUCUUGGCGCCGGGUCUUUGACGUCUUGCAUCUUCCGUGAGUUAACUACAACAGCUGCAGGUGAUCAGGACAAUGAAUAAAUUAAGAAUCCAUAUAUUGUGAUAGAACCCUGAUAUAGACUGAUACUGUGCAUAUGUCGGUGCAGCGAUUCAUGCCUUAUCGUUAUUUCUACCGACAAUCGGAAUUAGAAAGCCGUCCACACGUACUCCGCGGCGAGCUUAAGCUCGCUUCUUAAUGACCCCGAAUCUUCGUCCCCAAUUGAGCUUUACGUUCCAGCUGCUUAUCUCGUCAUGAUAAGUAUUGUUCUUCCGGUCCAUAUAAACCUCAGGUGUAAGACAGCUUGCUUUUCAUUCUGACUGCCAUGGCGAACGAUGUUGAUGCCACUGCUGUUGCUGACCUGCACAAGCUAGGGUACCAGCAGGAGAUGACACGGAGGCGCGGGCUAUUUCAUAUCUUGUUCACCAUUAUGGCAGUUCCUUACGGCCUUUCUGCUCCAUUCGCUACUGGACUUAUUGGAGGUGGACCCGCAGUUCUGAUCUGGGGAUGGGUAUUCGUCUCGGCCUUCAUCUUCACACUCGCGUUAUCAAUGGCCGAAAUUAGCGCCAAGUAUCCAACUUCUGGUGGAGCAUACUAUUGGUGUUUCCGCCUCGCGUCACCCAGGAGUCGGGUGCCGUUGUCGUGGAUAAAUGGGUGGCUGACGAUGGUGGGCGUGUGGACAAUCUGCCUGUCGGUCACUUUCGGUACUGCACAGAUCAUAGUCGCAGGGGCGGAUCUCAUAUUUUUGGGUGUAACACUCAUUUGUACAGCCCUCGGGAUUUUCUUGAACGAUAUUCUUCAUUAUAUCGACAUCGUGUGCGCAUGUUGGACAAUUCUCGGCGUUCUUGUCAUGCUCGUGUGCCUCUCGGCGAAGGCAGCAGCAGGCCGCCAUUCAGCUGCUUUUGCUCUGGGACAUUUCGAUCCAUCCGCAUCUGGUUGGACGCCUGGAUGGUCAUUUUUCAUCGGUCUAUUGCCUAUUUCAGUUGCUAGUAUGGCCGAAGAGCUUCAUAAUCCAACAGUUGACCUGCCAAGAGCUAUGGUCUGGUCCAUUCCACUUGGUUUCUUGCAAGGCGUUUUCUUCUUGUUGCCCAUUCUAUUCACACUCCCCGACAUUACUACAUUGCUGUCAGUCGCCAGUGGCCAGCCUAUCGGUGUCAUGUUCACGCUCAUAAUGGGCUCAAAGGGUGGCGGAUUCGGAAUGCUAGUUUUCGGGAUCGCCAUGUUUUGCGCCGUGUCGAUUUCAUCCGCCGCUUCUCGGGCAACAUGGGCAUUUGCAAGAGAUAAGGCAAUACCCCUGCACGCGUUCUUUGCUCGUGUUUCGUCAGAAAAACACGGCCCUGUCAAUGCAUUCCUCCUUGUUACUGUUGUCCAGUUGCUGUUAGGACUGAUUUAUCUCGGCUCCAGCGCGGCUUUCAAUGCAUUCGUAGGAGUGGCGGUGAUGUGUCUACAGGCGAGCUACUCGAUGCCAGUCCUCAUAUCCCUUGUCAACGGUCGUGAUAACGUCAAAGAUUCUCCGUACUCGUUGGGUAGGUGGGGAUGGGCCAUCAAUAGUAUCGCGGUGCUCUGGACCAUGUUCGAGAUGGUGCUGUUCUCGAUGCCGGCGGUGGUACCUGUGACGAGAGUAUCCAUGAAUUAUGCCUCCGUUGUGUUUGUAGGAUUUGCGACUAUCAGCGCCGUCUGGUAUAUGAUCAGUAGGUUUGUUCUCCGGGUCAGGGUAACAGCUUAUCAUCUCUGUUUAGAUGGACGCUUCUAUUAUACGGGACCACCCAUUCCGAGCGAGUCAACCCAGCCUAGUACUGAGAGUGUCGUUGCGAAUGAGAAGAAGGGUGGAACGUUGGAGGACUAGUAGCUUCGGCAUAAUGCGUAAUGAUUUGAGAAAGUCUUCCAGGGUAGUGAAAGGGAGUGGUGACAUAGACAGGCUUAGAAUCACGUAUCAACAUCUGGAAAAUGUUUUUUCUUGCUGUAGACCCCCCCUCGCAAUAUAGAAUUCAUUAAGAUACAUAACAGUCCAUAAGACGUAGCUAG